GAGCCUGCAACUUGCAACAGCAAUGCUCACACUCUUUUAAUUGCCCGCACUUCCUUCCUGCCUGCACCUAGCUGCAUGCCUAGCUCCACAUACAGGACUCCCUGCACAACCACAAGCUCAAAACCCUUCCUACCUCCAGUUAGUUUCUUCGAUCCACCUGUCGUCACCACUAAUUUCCCAAGGCAAAAUGGGCUCGGAGACGGAGACGGUCACCGUGGAAGGCAUCCCGUUCCCGGCGGAGAUCACCGUCGGCAACCCUCUCUCCCUCCUAGCUAACGGCAUCACGGACAUCGAGAUCCACUUCCUGCAGAUCAAGUACAACGCCAUCGGCAUCUACCUCCACAACAACCACGCGCUGCUCCACCACCUGCAGAGCUGGAAGGGCAAGACCGCCGACGAGCUGCUCGGAGACGACGCCUUCUUCCAGGCCCUGGUCUCGGCUCCAGUGGAGAAGCUCUUCAGGGUCGUGGUGAUCAAGGAAAUCAAGGGCUCGCAGUACGGCGUGCAGCUCGAGAGCUCCGUCCGCGACCGCCUCGUCGCCGCCGACAAGUACGACGACGAGGAGGAGGAGGUCCUCGAGAAGGUCGCCGAGUUCUUCCAGUCCAAGUACUUCAAGCCAAGCUCCGUCAUCACGUUCCACUUCCCGGCCACACCUGGAGCCGCAGAGAUAUCGUUUGCCACGGAGGGCAAGGACGAGGCGAAGAUGAGGGUGGACAACGAGAACGUGGCGGCGAUGAUCCAGAAGUGGUACCUCGGCGGCGAGUCCGCGGCGUCUCCGACCACCGUCCAGAGCCUCGCCGAUCGUUUCGCGGCGCUCCUCUCGGCGGCUGCGUGAUUAUAUUGCUGCGACUGCUAAUUAAUUUCCUUCCAGCGGAAUUGAACUCGUCAAAUUCUGUCCUAUCGGUCAUCUCGUGUGUUGCGGCAAAUUGAAUUGCAAAUAAUUAAGACUGGUUUCUGAACGAUCUGGAAGGCAAGGGUGUUUUGUUCUGGUGAUGGCAUGGUUGCUAUUCUGAUGGCAAAGCUUUGUUAAAAUCAUGUAUCGUCAAUUAUAUAUCUUAGUUAAUGUCUACAGACAAAAAAA